AUGAGGACACCAAAAAAAAAACCAAUAAGUACAUUUUUUUCUAAUCCAGAACAAAUACAAGAGGCAAGGGGUCGGUGCCAUAAAAGAAGCAACUCAUUUAAUAGUGAUGCAUCGUAUUCUAAUACAAAACCAUUUGAGGAAAUGACAGAGAAGAAUGAACUUUAUUCAAAAGAUGCUGUAAAACUCUUUACCUCAUGUUUUUACGAUUUUGCAAAACAUCCAUUAUCCGAAGGAACAAAACGCCGCAACACGGUCAAAAAAUAUCAAAAUUUUAAAAGCAAAUGUAGGCAGCUUUCACUCGUAUUUUAUAUAUUAUUUUUAUUGGGAGUAACAGCCAAGGAAACUACGAAAUCUCAAGAUCUUAAUUUUAUUUGUUUUUUACUUGCCUCUUUUGGUAGUUAUAUUAUAUCUAUUCUCAUAGGGUGGUUUGUGAUUAUCGUAACUCUUUCAAGAAAACACGUUAUUUACUCCAUUACACUGAUUUUUAAAAGAGUAUUUUAUCGUACAAUCCUAUUACAUAAUUGUUGUUAUUUCACUAGUUCUUUUGUUGAAGACGAAUCAAAGCAUUUUCAAAACACAACUUCGCGGAAUAAAACAAAAAAUAAAAAAAAAAAUUUUUUUUUAUGUUGUUUAAAUAAUUCUUUUGGCAAUUUUAUUUUAAAAAAAUUCAGAACCAUUGGAUCCACAACCAUAAAACUCCUUAUGCGUUUACAGAUUUUUAAAUUCUAUCAAGAAACACAUUCAAGCAAAGAGUACACACAAUAUAAAGAGAACUUAUCAAACUCCCCAUUUUACAUGAACAAUCCCAAUAUGCAUAAAGAAAAUGAAAGGAGUGUCUCAUCUGGACAUCCGGUCAUACUCUCAAUUUCCCAAGAGACCUUUUUAUCCAGUGGUUACAUUCUCGAUUCUGGUGAUUCUACAUACCAAUAUGUCAUACAAAAUGCAUCCGCUUACUCAAAAGGACAAUAUACAAAUGAAUCAGAAAGCAAUAUAUCCAAAAAACAAACAUCUCACUCUUUUUCUAUCGCAAACUCAGUCAACUGCAUGGACAAUCACCAGAUACAUGAUACAAAAUUAGUUACGUUAUCACAUGAUACACACAGUGACAUUGGUAACUCCAAUCCUUUAUUAAAGGUAUUGAUAACUUGUUAUUUUUGUUUUCAUCAUUUUUUUUUUAAUAAAAAGCCAAGACCAACAUGGAAACACUAUCUGAUUACAAGUCUGAAACGUUUUUCACCUGAAACUUACUCUGUUUUUCCUCUUCGUCUUGCUGUUAAAGUAACCAUGCUUCCGUCCUUUCAAGCUGCCGUUCUUUUACGAAAUUUCGCAUGGUGCGGACUUUACGUUUGGGGCACAACACAAAUACAUCGAGCGUCUUCUUUAGAACCAUGGAACACAUCUCAAAUUCCAGUUGUUUUUUGGUAUGUCGAAGAGAGUUUUAUGUGGAUGAUAACCUGGGAUUACAUACUCGAGUUACUUUCAGCACAAGAUGUUUUAGGAUUUAUUUUCAGUUUUUCUUCACUAAUAGAUUUAGCGACAAUGCCAAUAGCUAAAGCAGUUGCGAGAUUAGUGUCUCAGAAUUCUGCAGUUCAAUAUUCAAUUCAUGUAAAAAACCAUUUUCAAAAAAUAAGAGGUCCAUUUUUGCGAUACUUUCAGUUUGGAUUCCUUCGAGUACUACGUCUUGCACGAAUUGAAGGUAUUCUUUGUCAAAUGAUUCCUUGGAUAGGACUUGCACGACUUCGCCUUAUAUCUUUAAUUAUUGGAGCAUGUGUUAUAACACUAAUGUUUGCUUCCGCUAUGUUUAUUCUUGAAGCUCCUUAUUCUGUUGCCCAUUCUGAUUACAAAACAUUAAAUGAUUUUAUGUUCUUUUCUAUUGUAACCAUUUCAACAGUGGGAUAUGGGGAUUUUUCUCCUCACAAAACAGCAUCGAAAUGUAUUGUUAUGUUUGCUAUUGUUGUCGCCCUUGCAUUUCUUCCCACACAAAUUCAAAAACUUGUCUCCGCUCUUCAGGCUCCUACAACAGUAGUUGGUCGUAUUCCUACUUUAAAUCAAGACUACAUUAUACUUUCGGGACCUAUCGACCCUCGUCAAUUGAUAUCAAUGUGUCGUGAAUUUUCAGUAACACUCUCUCCAACUUUAACAUCGAUUCUGAUUAUAAGUCCUGAAUCGGUGGAUCAGUAUCUUCCUGUUUUGCGUUUAGCUUUUUUACGUGAGUCAUUAUCUGUUGCGGCUAUACGUCUAAGUCAUCCGUCAAUCAAUUUGCAAGUCUAUUAUCAAGGUGCACGUGCUGUCUACAUUCUAGGAAACGUUACCUCAAGAAUACUUGCUAAAGAAAAAGACUUAAGUAUAAAAGAUCCUAAUGUACUGUUGUUAGAAGACGAUCACAGUACCUUAUUAAGAUUUAUUGGGGCUCAGCGAAUUUGUUGGCCUGGAAUACCAGUAAGCAUUCAGCUGAAUGGGGUUCUAUCUCGAAGUGUAUUGGAAAAAAUGGGGGCUUACAGUGUUGUCUGUUUACAACACUUAAAAAUGAAACUCAUUGCUAAAAGCUGCGCGAAUUGCCCGGGUUUCAACUCGUUAAUAACCAAUUUGUUUAAACAUGUUCCAACACAAGACAAUUUUUCAUCCAACACAUAUCCUCGAUUCGGAAUUCCAGACGAAAAUAAUUCAACAAUGCAUCUCUAUUGGUCAGGAGCUAUGUAUGGGCUUUAUCGUUUAGAAUUUCCAAAAUGUUUUUUUGGGCUCCCAUAUACACUACUAGUUCGAUAUUUACUCAAAGAAUAUACUAUAUAUUUUUUAGGAAUAUGUUUUAAUUACCAUCAUUACUGGUUAAAUCCAGUGGGAUAUUGCAUUGGAGACGAAUUACGAACAAGCUUUACUAAAACACCUUUUGCAGGAGUUGUCGCUGCUAAAUCUCUUCGCGUUGUAUUAGAUGCAUCUAAAUUAAUGAGAAUUGAUAUAUCUAUGGAAAACGUUUGUUUAGAAAAAAAAUUUUUAAAAGAGAAAAAACGAUCACAUCGAGAUUGUAUAGAAGCGUUUCAAAAAGUAAAACAAGAAAAUACACCUGUACACAAAAAUAGUAAUGGGUUGCUGAGAAGAAAUAAAACUAAACAUCAAGUGAAGAAAAAAAAAACUGAACGAUUCAGUGAGUCCAUUAAUAGUAAACAUCAUAAAAGCAAUUCUCGCAACAUUCUAAACGGAUAUCAUUAUAAAGAAUUGGGAAUUCAUCUUGUUGACAAUGUGUUUACAGCUAAACAAUACAUUUUUCAAAAACCUGAGUUAUCUAUUAUUUUAGUUUGUGGUUGGCCAAGAGGAACAGCUACUUUUUUGAAGACACUUCAAAGGAGUAUCGAAACGAACGUUGUAUUACUAGCUCCUCAUUAUCCUAAUGACUUAUCUUUCAAAAUUAUGAAAAUGUAUUCGAAAGUGUGCGUAUGGAUUAAAGGCUCCGGUCUUGAAGCGUCUGAUUUAUUACGAGCCGGAGUGUUAAUGGCGAAAACAUGUGUCGUGCUAAACUCGUCUCACGUUGCUUGGCGUCAAGAUUUAUCACUUACUGAAACAGAUACUCAAUCUAUUCUUGUUCAAAAACUUAUUUACGCGCUACGUAAUUCUAAGAAAUCAGACAGAACAGCUCUUGAUGACCUGAAUUCAGUCAAAUAUUUCUCGAAAAAGUCAAAUCCUCAAGAUAUUGUGGACACAACUUUACAAAACUUUCGUGUACUCUUUGAAUUAAAAAAUACUCAAUUACUAGGUCUCUUAAACAAACCGUUUAAUUUUUCUAAAACACAAAUUGAAGCAUCCUUUACACCUUCUGUUGAAGAUUGUCUCGGGAACGGAAACGAAACCUUAUUGUGGGAUGAGGACACAAUUUCAUUUUUGUACCCCGACUAUGUUUCUGGCAACGCUACCAUUGAACAGAUGCUUUAUGGAAUAGUAUCUUUUGAUAUACCCGUUUCACGAUUUAACAUUGAUACAAGAAUUAUUAGUUCAUUUGUGAAUGGUGUCUCUGGUUCAAUGAAAUUCUUUAAAAAUCAAACUUCCUCAACCUGGCUUGAACAUAUACCCAGUCAUUUUGUUUCAAGGCCAUUCGGAGAAAUUAUUGAAUACUUUCUUCAGGACGGGCUUAAAUUAGCCUUUGCUAUAUAUCGUUGCAUUCAAAAAAGGGAUACUAAAUGGACACCUUUACAAAUGCUACAAGGUGAUUCACAUCAGUAUGUUGUUAUUACGUGCCCCUCUCUCAAUACUCUUUUACAAAAAGAAGAUUUAAUAUACAUUUUAAACCCAUGUCCAAGUACCAUAUUAGGGUGGCUUUUUUGCCAAAACGGCACCUAGAAGAAAACAACGUGUCUUUUCUGUUUAUCAAAGCCAUGUCGAGUUAUGCCAAUCUGCGCCCCAGUCCCAUAUUACAGAUUCUCUUGACCCAGAGGGACUUGUUUACUUUGUAAAAAUACAAGCAUAAUUUAGUUUUCUCGGAUUUUUUUAAUAAGAUCACUUGACUCUUUGCUGAAAUGUCCAUAUUAGCUACUAAGAGUAAACGUUUUUUCUUGGUAGCUGGUUGGCUCUAUAUAAAAGACAUGUUUCACGCAAAUCGUUAUUUUGUUACAAACACACAAUCGCCUUAAGAGUCGCUCAGAAUUUUUAUUCAUAAAACUAGGGUGCUAUAAAGUGCGAAAAUAAACCGCAACAUUGUGUUGUGACAUGGUUUAAAAAGCAUUAGUUUGAUGAAACUUUACAUUCUCAUACUAUUUCUUUAACGAUUGCCAUUACUUAUUAAUCUUGUAUGGAUUAAAUUGUUUAUUUUUCUAUAAAAUUGGUACAGAAC